AUGAACGCCAUGGCCUUACCCAACGACUCUGCCCCUACCCACAUUCCACCCGUUGUGAAACCGCUCGCUCCUUACGUCAAGUCCCGUCAGGAAGCCCGUCAGAUCCGCCAGGCAUUGACGUCCUAUCUCCGAUCAUUGAUCGUGUUUGAUGAGGACCAAUCGACUCACCUUGCUCAGUCGCACCUCGCCCUAUGUGUACCACCUGAUACCGUCACGGCGGUGAAGCGCAUCCCUAGCGACCUUCACGGACUACGAAAGGACUAUUUGAAAGCGUUGGCGGCAAAUGUCGCUGCUCGUAAGGACUUUGCUGUGGCCGCUGAUAAUGUUGCCUCAUUGAGAAAGCAGAGGAACGCACAUAAUCGCCCGGCUGAUGAUGGGGAUCAGCAAGAACCCGGCGUCGAACUCCGUGAAUACCUUACCCUCCUACGCGAUCGGCGGCGACAUACCAAGCUGCAAGUCUUCCAACAUUACCUUGACGAGUUAAAGACGAGAGACACAACUGGGUUGGGGGAGAUUGAGAAUGGACAGGAACAAUUGCCAUUGCCCGAGGUUGAAGCGGGUCGUCAUGGCUCGGAGACGGAUUUGGAUGAACUCGUACACAAUCUUGAGAGGGCUUUGAUUCGUGCGAGAGCUCAAUUGGAUCGCGAGAAGCUACUUUUCGAGAAAGCCAAAGCACGAAAUGCAUCUCAGUCUCAGAGUGAAAUCUCGCCCGAGCUCAAGGCUCAAGCUUUACAAAAGACCCGUGAUGAGCUAGUUCAGUGGGUCGAAGAACGGCUAGUUGGCCAGAGAGAUCCAGAUGAAAGUGUGCUUCAGGACCUACCUGCCGAGGAAAUUGAACAAGUCCAGCGCGAGCUUGAGGAGCGCAAACAACAGAUUGCAGAUCAAUAUGCUGCAUAUGUACAAGCACGGCGAGAGCUUCUUGAUGCCGCAUCCAUGGCGUGCCAACCACCCACUGGGCCACCUAAGUCUUUAUCCAGAUCAAUCUACAAGAACGAGCUCGCUACCGCGGAGGUACCACCACCAAACCCGAUUGAUGUCCUUUCGUACACCAGUGAAAACCUAGUGCCUUUAGCAAAGAAACACAAGGCCCUGGCCCUGCAGAAAACCUAUCUGUCUGGCUUACUCGCCAAGGAAAAGUCCACAACCCUCCGCGUUCUUAACCGCCUCAGUGACGAAUCCCACUUACUCCCCGAAUAUCCAAUCCCCGUGCGACAGCCGCGGUUCAAGCACGCGGUGUCCGCCCUGAGUUCUCGGCCCCAGAUGCAAUCUUCAGAACCGCCUACCGAUGAGGUUCUCGCUCUCGCUGAGGCUUGGGCAUUUGCCUCGGAUGCAGCAGCCACCAACGAACGAGAAUUUGUGCAGCAAAAACUUGCACUGGGCACUGAAGUUGCUCAAGAUGCACGCCAGACCCUCACCACAGUAUACGGAACUCUCAAUCAAGACCUCGAUGAGGUCAUGGGCCAGGCACGGGAACGGGAUGGGGUUCUCUGGGCCUCCGAACCUCGCUCCAGAGGGCUGCCGAAGGCUAGUGGGUCUCGGAUCGAGCAGCGACCGAAAGGUCCCUGGUCAGGUUUACAUGGAGCCGUAGGUGUCGAGUGA